AAUAUUUAAAAAAAACAAAAAUUAUUAAAAAAAAAAUUUUUCAAAAAAAAGUUUUAAAGAAAAAAAUUUUUAAAAGAAAUAAAAAUUUUAAAAUUUAAAUAAAAAGUUGAAUAAAUAAAACGUUAGCAUAUCAAUCUUUAAAAAAACAGGUUAAAUAAAAAUUAAUAAAUUUAAAAAAAUAAAGAAUUUAAAAAAUAAUAAGAAUUAAAAUUGAUUUUUGUCAAAAAAGAAAAAAAAAAAACACAAAAAUUAAAACAAAUUUUUUUUUACAAAAAAAAUUUUGAUAAAUUUAAUUUAAAAAAUUAGCACUAAUUGCUAAUAUUUGUGUUACUGUUGCGUGUGUGUGUGUGUAUCUGUGUUUUGUUUUUCAAACAAAUUGUGGAUUUUUAAUUACCGCUGAUUUUGAUUUUUGGAUUUUUCUUCUUGUUAUUAUUUUGAUUUCCUCGAUAUUUAUAACAUUUUCUUGGGGAAAACAAGAAAUAUAUUAAACAAAUAAUACUCAACUGGAAUACAAGUAAUAUUAUAGUUAAAAAUUAUUACUCUACAAAACAACUAAAACGAUCUCCUGCUAUUUGUCUAAACGAGAAAAACAACAACAGUAAACCACUGCCUGCUUACUGAAAAAUUAAACAAACAAAAUUUAUAAUUAUGGCUAAAACAAAAUCUUUAUCAUCAACAUCAAUACAACGACUCACCUUAACUACCACCUGCAAUAUGUUCUCCCGCCAGUGCCUUUCCUAUCAGCUUUUAACCCUUAUAAGCAUAGUGCUGUAUCAAUCUACACAUACACAUGGAUUCGAUAUAGGCACAUGUAACAUGCCUUUGGGCAUGGAAUCUGGUGCAAUCACAGAUGCUCAAAUCACCGCCAGUUCAGCGCACGAUACAGGUUUUGUGGGGCCACAACAUGCGAGACUGAAAACCGAUAAUAAUGGCGGAGCUUGGUGUCCCAAACAUAUGGUGUCUAAUGCUUUAAAAGAAUAUUUACAAGUUGACCUCUUGUCGGUGCAUGUCGUAACGGCCAUACGUACACAGGGUCGUUUUGGUAAGGGCCAGGGUCAGGAGUAUACGGAAGCAUAUGUUUUGGAAUAUUGGCGUCCGGGUUUUACCAGCUGGAAGAGAUGGAAGAACACUCAAGGAAAGGAGAUUUUACCCGGCAACAUCAAUACCUACAGCGAAGUCGAAAACACUUUACAACCCAUAAUUUUUGCUUCAAAAGUACGCAUCUAUCCAUAUGGUCAAUAUGAUCGUACGGUCUGUUUAAGAGCUGAAAUUGUGGGUUGUCCAUGGGAAGAGGGCAUUGUUUCCUAUAGUAUACCAAAGGGUGUCCAACGUGGCAUGGAAGUUGAUUUAUCGGAUAAAACCUAUGAUGGCUAUGAACAGGGCGACCGUUAUAUUGAUGGUCUGGGACAAUUGGUGGAUGGUCAGAAGGGAAAAGAUAAUUUCCGCACCGAUAUUCAUGGUUUUGGCAAAGGUUAUGAAUGGAUUGGCUGGCGUAAUGAUACACCCGGUUUAAUGGGUAAACCUGUUGAAAUAGUAUUCGAAUUUGAUACCGUAAGAAAUUUUAGUGCCAUUAUAUUGCAUACGAAUAAUAUGUUUACCAAGGAUGUACAGGUUUUUGUCCAUGCCAAAGUUUUCUUCAGCAUAGGUGGUCGUCAUUUCUCCGGCGAACCCGUCCAUUUCUCUUAUAUGCCGGAUACCAUAAUGGAUCAUGCCAGAGAUGUUACCAUUAAACUACAUCAUCGUGUGGGCAAAUAUUUGAAAAUAAAUUUAUAUUUUGCUGUCAAAUGGAUAAUGCUGUCAGAAAUAUCAUUUGUAUCAGUACCAGCCGUGGGAAAUUUCACAGACGAACAAGAACAACGUGGCGCCCUGUUGCCACAGGAUACCCGUGAAUAUCCUUUACAAAGUAAUGAAUAUCAUCAUAAUAAUAAAAAUGGUGGUAAAAUGCCAACAACAAAUGUUAAUGGCGAACGCAACUACAAUAAUGGACCGCAAUUAAUCGCCCCCAAACCCAUCGAUCAAGAGCCCUCCGAAGAAAAUUUCAUUGGUGUUGUUAUUGUGGUACUAACCACUAUCAUUAUCUUAUUGGUGGCCAUUAUCUUAUUCAUUGUAUCGAGAACAAAACGAGCUCGUGGCAGUAAUGUUUUGGAUGCAUUCCAAUAUAGUUUUAAUCCCAAUACAUUGGGUGGCAAUGUUGAUAAACAUCGUCCCAAUGGCACAGGAAUUAAAGCCAGCGUUGAUGAUAAUGAUUCAAUUGGUAAAAACAGUCUAUACCAUGAACCCUUUAAUGUAAAUAUGUAUACAAGUGGGGUAAAUGGUUAUGCGGCCGUUAAUGAUUUACAAUGUAAUAUGACACCAGACUAUACAGACGUCCCUGAAGGCGGUUACGCUGUGCCACAUAUGCAAGAUUAUAUGCCCACAAAAAUGUCCAAUUCAACGCCGGGCGGUUAUGUUAAUGUACGACGUACACCACCACCACCCUUGAGCAGUAUAUUCCCAAGGCCACCACAAGUGCCACCGCCGCCAAUGGAAAAAUAUUAUGCUACCACAGCGAUAUUUAAGCCCAUCAAGGGCCACAGUGGCAGCAAUACUAUGAGUAGUAAAGCCAGCAGUAAUCUAAGUAAUGAACAUAAUUACGAUGAUAAUAUGGGUACAAUGAAUUCACAAUCAACGGCACCCAUGAUAAAUAAUCCCUACAAUACAUCGACAAUGGGUGGCGGGGGUGGUGGUAGUGGUGUCAUGAAUACUUCAAAUAAUAGUGAUAAUAUGCAAUUUCAAAGGGCUAGAACCUAUAAUUUCCGCAGUUAUCCAGACAAUCUUUAGUUUGAAGCACAACUACAACAACAGCAGCAGCAACAAACAACAAAUACUACAACAAUAAAUAAAUUGCAAGCAAAAUGUAAAGAACAAAACUCUCUAAACAAUCAUUUUAGCCAUAAUUUAGCAGCAACAGCAACAAAUAAAACAAUUAGUAGUAAUAAUGGUGGUUUAAUAACAAAAGAUUUUAACAAUCAACAACAGCAACAACAACCAACAUUUUAUAAUAAUAAAAUCAAUAAAACCAAAAGACUUAGUGUGUUAAGUACAACAAUGCCUAAACAAUAUACACUGCAACAGCAACAACACUAUCUAGCAAAUAAACAACAGCAGCAACAACAACAACAAGCCCCCUAUCUAACACAACAACAUUGUCAGCAACAGGCGUUAAUAUUAAGAAGAUCUCCUAAACCCCAUUACAGUUUAACGCUAAACAACAAAUAUGCUUUUGCUCCCAUAACACCCACCAACAACACAACCCCCUCAAGCACAAAAUCAACAACAACAACAACAUCUGCAAUAACACGCAACAGUUUAUCGCAUAAAGAUUUAAAUAUUUAUGAAUUCACUCAUUUAAAAGAAGACUGUGAUCUUGAUCAUAAUGAUGAUUAUUAUUUACCAUCAUCUAUAGAAAUUUUGGGCAUACAAAAAUCAUUGCAACAUGUUGAAAAUGAUAAUGAUGUUGCAAAUUUAAAUGUUAAACUGGAGUGUAAAGACAAUAGUGUCAAUGAUAAUAACGCUGUUGUGAUUGGUAAUGUGAAAGAUAAACCGAAUGAAGAGGUGAAGGAGGCUGAUAAUGAUGAUGAUGAUAGUGAUAAUGUUGAAAAUGUCGAGCUUGAAGUUGAAUUAGAUAAUAAAAGUGUUAAAAGGCUAAGUGCUAAUUUGAAUGAUUUAGAAAUUACAAAAAAUGCUACAAAUAAUUUAUUAAAACAACAACAACAACAUCAUCAACAACAACAAACAAAUAGGCUGUGGUAUCAUUGAUGGAAACCAAUGGAUUUGAGCGCUUUAAACUCUGCAAUAAAUGUAAAGAAAAACAAAUUUUAUCUACCAGGACUGGACAUAAGCUUUGGUUUUUCUUUGCCACCUUAGAAGAAAUCCCCUCCACCCUUUCAGUAAACUUUAACAAGAAACCUGAAGUACACAAAUAACUUACUUAAGACGUAAAGAAAAAUGGCUUCAGCAAAGGAAGAGGAGUUUUAAAAGGUGGUAAAUCAUAAUAAAAAAUUAUAAAAAACACAUUGAGAAAGAAAUUUAAAGAAACCAACAACAAAAAAAUUAACUAGAACACCGUAUGCUUUACCUUAAAAACAAAAAAAAAACUAAAAUAUAACACUCUCAAACACACACACACACAUAAAAUUAUAGGCUUCUUAAACAGCAAACCCUGGACCCCCUUAGAACCUUUUAACAAACUACACUGUAAGAAAAGAAUAUAAAGAAAAACUUUUUUAUAACAAAGAAAAAUGUAGUAAAACAAGCUGAAUAAAAGAAAAGGCACCUAUAAUUUUAUAAAACGAAAAAAACUAGUAGAACUAUUUAUGAAAAAAAAAGUACUAAAAAAUAGAAAAUUUGCCAACGAAAAAAGUAACACACAAACUAAAAGAAACAACAAAAAACAAUUUAAGUUAUAAACUAA